AUGCACUGUGUCAAAUGUGUUGGAACUGUUGUGCCCACUGCACUCACCGUCAGUACCUUGGCUACGAAGCCCGAGAUCGACACUAUCCCCGAGUCCAUCCUCGACACCACGGCACUUGGUGUCGACGUGAAUGGUCCCAUCCCUAGCGAUGCUGUCUGGGUUGAGCUCGGUGAUGGCAUCGGAUACUGGUCUGCCAGACCUGAGUCCUUUGAGAAGUGGGAGUAUGCCAACAUCAGGAUUGACAUGUGGGCGCAGGACAAUUCGCACAUUACACGCGCGUCCAUGUUCUCUGCAAGGAUCAGCUGCCGUUGUCUACGCAAGGGCGAACGUCUCGAGUUUAAGAGGCUUAAGGGCAACGACUGGUGCGGUACAUAUGCCUCGAAGAUGAAGGUGACCGCCAACCGUAAGCAGCACCCCACAUUUCCCCCAAGCUCUUAA